AUGGCCGAUUUAGAAGUACAACUGCGUCCUCAUCCACCAACCCAGUUGAAGAGUCCUCCAGCGAGUGCAACUACGUCAAUAUCCAGUUUAUCAAACUUUGAAGGUAGAGCCAGUACACAGAAGGUUUUGAACGAACAAGCAGCUAAUACUGGUCUGUCUAUCAGGACCACUGGGAAAUAUCCUCCAAGUAACUCAUUAUCUCAGGAAACUAAUGCUAGUAUCAAGAAUGAGCCUUUUUCUUCUUCUUCUUCUUCUUUUUCCAAUACUGCUACUCCUUUGUUCAAGGCCAAAUCGUCUGAAAACUCAGCAACUACUACUACCGCUCAUAAUUAUCAACCAGAUGAGGUUAUAUCACAAAGUUUACCUACACCUCCUUCAAAAUCAAAAAGCGAAGAAGAAUCUCCCUCAAAUUCUGGUCCUGAUCAACCAAAUGUUAGAGAGACUACUCACAUUAAUAAUGAUGGUACUGCUACUUCAAAAUCCAAUAUUUCAAGUCCAAUUUGUCGUAAUUGUAAAACCCAAACUACGCCUUUAUGGAGAAGAGACGAAACGGGCCACGUUUUGUGCAAUGCGUGUGGGUUGUUUUUGAAGUUGCAUGGAAGACCAAGGCCUAUUAGUUUGAAAACAGAUACUAUAAAAUCAAGAAAUAGAGUGAAGCAAGGUGCUAAUGGACAUGGACAUGGAACUUCCUCGGGCAAACCUUCAACUGCCAACACUCCUGAGCCUAAAUCGAGGGAUUCGAAAAAUGGCAAAAAGUCACCAAAAAUCAAGAAACUCAAAAACGGAAGCACGAGCGAUUUGACACCACUUUUACCAGCAACUGUAAAUAGCACUCCCGCUGCUCUCAAGCAUGCAGAGCCCACCUCCUCGCCUCUGACCACCACCACCACCACCACCUCCUCCUCGCAAUUACAACCACAAUCACAAUCAUCAUUUUCAGGUCAUUCACAAUAUAAUGUCCACUCUCACCUCAAUAUUCCUAAUCAUGUAUUGCAAGCUUAUCAGGUACCAUUACAUUAUCCUUCUUCCACCCCAACCCAGUUUGCACCUGGUUCAAGGAGAAUCACUUCUCCAUUGAUGUUGUCCACAACGUCAUCAUCUGCGGUGAGAAAUGAGCCCAUCAGUGUAAUUGAUAAUAACAUAAGUUCUUUGCAAGCUGCUGCCGGAGUUUUAGAGAAUUUGUCAAACGAGUUAGGUCCUAGUGCCACUUUCAAUGCAACUUACGCAUCGAAGAACACUAAAAGCAAUGGUAUUUCAUUAAUGAGAAAAAGCGAUACAAAAAAUGGUUCUAGUUCAAGCGGCAGCUCAUCGAUUUUCUCAAGUGUGACUCCACCAAAUCUUCCUCGAUUACCGGCAUUGAACAAGAAGUCAACAGCGUUUUCUUCGGAAGUACACUCGAGGUCGGCAACUCCUUCAUUGCCUCCGUUGCACGGAAUGGCCUCUGGAGAAUCAUCUUUUACAAGUUUGAGUCAAUUUCUGCACAGUGUGCAUCCACAGCAAUCACUGUUUGAUCAACUGCGAAACUCAAGUGAGAUACCAGCUAGCGGAGAAAAUGGAAGUAAUAUAGCUGAUAGUUCGAGGGAGAAUUUAAAUAAUGUAGGUAAUGAUCAAAAUAAUAGUAACAACAGUAGCAGCCACAACAACAACAACAACAACAACAACAACAACAACAACAACAACAACAACAACAAUAAUAAUAAUAAUAAUAAUAAUAAUGAAAGUAACAACAGCGGUGGUGAUAGCAAUAGCAACAAUAAUCAAUCAGGAUACAACUCAUCUCACGAAAUAACUAUUUUAAAGACAAGAAUCUCUGAAUUAGAAUUGGUUAAUGAUUUAUACAGGACUAGAAUCAUGGAGUUAGAAGCUAUGGAGCAAGCAGCCAGACUUCGAGAAAACUCAAUGAGAAAGAGAUUGGACGAAGUGAUGAACUUACAAGCAAGUGUAAUACUUCAGCAUCAACAAGAGCAAAAGCCAUCGCAGCUGAGGGAAAGUGAAUUUGCAGGUAAUAACUCAGCAGUAGCGGCAACAGGAGCAGCGCCAGCACUAAUUUCAUUGUCAUCUUCACUGCAGUCAGGACAUCCACAGGCUAUCCAUUAUGGCGAACAAACCGAUUUUCAGCAUCAAUCACCCGGCAGCUCUUCCAAUUCAUCACACAAUAUUUCGAAUUCCGCAAAACCUAAUGUCGUUGCACAGGAAAAUCCUAAUCCUCUGGUGACAUCAAUGGACUCGAGCUCGUCAAGUGGAUUUGCUGUUCCAAAAUCUCAUUUUGGUCAAGGUCAAAGCGAUUUUGUUGUCUUGCCACCUUUGAAAAGAGAUCAUGAUGCUUCAUUCACCCAGAGUGUAGAAAAGAAACCAAAGUUGAACUAA